UUUCUCGACACGCGCUCCGAAGCCUCGGCACAGAAUGUAACAUCACUACGGUUCGUGCAUUUACAGAGAGAAGGCAGAAAUACCCGGAUGUUUAGUUCUAACGCACCUCCCCCCCUCUCGCUCAAUCUUGCUCUCUCCCUCCCGCUCUCCACCACCACCAACUCUCAACCCACUGCCUCUCUCUUCCCCUCCGCUGCGCACCUCAAGAAGCUACUGCAGUGAAUCCGUCGACUGAAAGACCAAGAACAAAAUCCGAGCGACGCUCCAUUCCGGUUGCCGAUUCCGGCACGAGACAGAGACAGAAGAAACGCACGGCGCCAGGCCCACCCGAUUCCGUGAGAUUCUGCACAAGGCGAAGACGACUCGACCGACAGAAUGGGAAACGAGGCGAGUUAUCCCUUGGAGAUGUGCACACACUUUGAUGCUGAUGAGAUUAAAAGACUAGGAAAGAGGUUUAAGAAACUUGACCUGGAUAACUCGGGUUCUCUCAGCGUGGAGGAGUUCAUGUCUUUACCGGAGUUGCAGCAGAAUCCGUUGGUCCAACGAGUCAUCGAUAUAUUCGACACGGACGGCAACGGGGAAGUGGACUUCAAAGAGUUUAUUGAGGGCGUCUCUCAGUUCAGCGUCAAGGGCGACAAAGAGCAGAAGCUUCGCUUUGCGUUCAGGAUUUAUGACAUGGACAAGGACGGCUACAUAUCCAACGGUGAGCUGUUCCAGGUGCUGAAGAUGAUGGUGGGGAACAACCUGAAGGACACUCAGCUCCAGCAGAUCGUCGAUAAAACCAUCAUCAACGCCGACAAGGAUGGAGAUGGGAGGAUAUCCUUCGAGGAGUUCUGCAUUGUUGUCGGCGGCUUAGACAUUCACAAAAAGAUGGUGGUGGACGUGUGAAGAGACUGAACAUCCUCAUUCACUUCUCCAUUUUCUGAGAAUCAGCUCCGCUAACACGCUCUCUCUGUCUCUCUCUCUUUCUUUCUCUCUCUCUCUCUCUCUCUCAAUGGAAGUAUUUCUCUGAACGAUGCCUCUGUUCCCUGUCUAUACUCCCUGAGCCUUGUAACGCCUGCCAUUCUAAGUGUUAUAGAGCAUGAGAUUCUUCUGUCCUAAUUCUCGGGUAUUUAAGGACAGUCAGAGAGGUGGCUUCUCUGUCCAUUACCGAGCGAUUCAGUUUGGUGGAGAAGGAAGAGAGGAGGGUGUGCGUAUGUAUGCGUUAUUGUGCAUGCGUUUGUUUAUGCAAGCGUGUACGUUUGUUUUCGUGGUUUUCUUUUUCGAAACGGGGGGGGGGAAUAUUUUGUAUUUAUUUUGGUCCUGUCUUUUUUAAACAUGAUCUAGGUCUACAGGGAAUACGUGGACAUGACUUGACACUUGAUUUCAGCGCGACACGCUUCGAGCAUGAAGUGCCAAUCACAACGUGUAUGUGAGAUAUAACAAUAGCUGAAUAUUUAAACCGCUAUCUGAUGUUCUUUAUUUUGGGAUAUUAAACAAUACAUCAACAUCAAGUUUAUUAAAAGGCCCGUUCCUUUUUUUCCCACUCGUUUUGACAAAUGUUAUUUUGCUGCAUAUCAUGCAAAUUUGACAUUUCCUACCAAGAAUAUGUGUAUAUAUGUACAAGUGUGCUGUUAAAUUGUCAGGGAGCUCAGUUGCAGUUGUGCUUUCUGAUAUGGUAGACUAGGAAAAAGCAAGUAUAUUCUAAGUUGUGCACAUAUAUAUAUAUAUAUAUAUAUAUAUAUACACACACAUUUAUGGUUUACUUCUAAGAUUAUUAUGUGUGUGUGGGGUGGGGAGAUCAAAUCACACCACACCACUGUAGGAUGGAUCUGUGCCAUCAGUCAAUUUCUCAACUUUCAUCCCUAUUUUGAAUUAAUCACAUUUUAGCACAGCAAUAUAAGAUUGUUUUACCUCUAAACAUUAUAUUUACACAUUCAACGCCUUUUGUGGCAAACGUCACAAUAACACCGGAUUUGUGUUUGUGGAAAUUUAACUUGACUGCGGGCAGCAUUGUAAAGCUCUUAGUAGCUCAUAUUUGUAUAUUAGGGUUUGAUGGACGGAUUGUGUUUUGUGGGUUCGGGUUUUUAAGCUUUAAUCGAGUCUAUCCGCAGCGAAGAAGGGAUCGAGUAGGCAAAACCAGAUCCGACAGACCUUUUCUCCUUCGUCGUUACAAAGAUCGAUUCAAACGGUGUGAUUUUGUUGUUUUAUAAAAGGGAGACCAAACUAAACGCUGUCGAUACGGAUGAAUAAACUCGCCAAGCCGCUGUUCGCUUUUACGUGUGAUUCUCCCGCGCAAACGACGCCAGCUGCUGCACGGUGACGGCUCUUUCCCAGAGACCCUCGGGGUUUUGUGCUCGCAUGAUACGGGAUCCAUGAUACCUCGUUUUCUUUCUGUUGUGCAUGUAGAUCUGGUUUCGGGGGAAGAGAUUAUCUUGUUUACAUAUGAAACGUAAUAUUGAGAUGUUAUAAUCUGAAUGACAGUUACAUAUAAAUAUAUAUAUGACGUUGCCAAACUUUUGGUAAAUGUUUAAAUAUGGAAAUGAUUUUAAAGCGAGUUUCUUCACUACAUUUACAAAUUCUUAUUAUGAAACAUAAUGUGGGUUAUUCCGGAAUGGUGUCGGUCACUCCCAGCGACGCAUCAGCGUUUCUCUUAUAUUAAACCGCCGGUACUGUUAAAAGGAGGGAGUUGCGUUUUAUUUUAUUUCAUUUUCCCUUCACGAUUUAGUUGAAUUGUUUUGUACAGAGUUUCUGUUAUUCGUGCUUUCUGUUUUGUAUUGCUUUAGCUGGGCGGUCAGACAGCCAUCUAUAUAACUUCGGUGUGGUAUGUCGAUGGGUGCGUGUGUUGGGUUUUGGACAAACGAAAAAUUCAAGUGAAUGAAAACGUUUCGCUUUUAUGUUUUUGUUUCUUUCUUAAUUUCUCUGCAUGCUGCGUCAAAUGCUGUGGGAUUCAUUGAAAUUUCAUUCAUGAAAUGAGAAAUAAAAUGUUUGAGACUUGUAAAA